CACAGUGCCCCGCCCCCGGCGUGAGAGUCUGGGAGGGAGGAGGGUGCGGGCCGGCUGGGGCGGGGCCUACCUCCCACGGCGGGGGCGGAGCCUGAGGCAGACCCGCCCGCUCAGUUAGGACCUCGGAGAGCGCCAGGCACCAGGACCAGAGGGACCCGAGAAGCAGCCGGAUCCGGGCUGGACCUUCGCCCGCCUGCGAGUCUGCAGCCUCCGCGCCCUCCGCCUCACGGGCUGGCCGGCGGCUAGUGGCGUCUGAGGAAGUGUUUAAAAUGAAGAAGUUUAAUUUCCGAAAAGUUUUGGAUGGCUUAACUGCCUCUUCCCCUGGCAGUGGUAGCAGCAGCGGCAGUAACAGUGGUGGGGCUGGAAGUGGCUCCGUCCAUCCAGGAGGGACUGCAGGGCUUCCAAGAGAGGAAAUUCAGGAAAGCCUGACUUCAGAGUAUUUCCAGAUUUGCAAGACAGUUCGGCAUGGCUUUCCUUAUCAGCCCACAGCGUUGGCCUUUGAUCCAGUCCAGAAAAUCUUGGCUAUUGGAACAAGAACAGGUGCUAUACGAAUACUUGGGAGGCCUGGUGUUGAUUGUUACUGCCAACAUGAAAGCGGUGCAGCUGUCUUGCAGCUCCAAUUCCUCAUCAAUGAGGGCGCUUUGGUCAGUGCGAGUUCAGAUGACACGCUUCAUUUGUGGAAUCUGAGGCAGAAAAGGCCAGCCAUUCUCCACUCUCUCAAGUUUAACAGAGAACGAAUUACUUACUGUCAUCUACCUUUCCAGAGUAAAUGGCUCUAUGUUGGAACAGAAAGAGGAAAUACACAUAUUGUAAAUAUUGAAUCUUUCAUUCUUUCUGGAUAUGUCAUCAUGUGGAACAAGGCAAUUGAACUCUCCACCAAGACUCAUCCAGGCCCAGUUGUACAUUUAAGUGAUAGCCCAAGAGAUGAAGGAAAACUGUUAAUAGGCUAUGAAAACGGCACUGUGGUAUUCUGGGACUUGAAAUCUAAAAGAGCAGACCUGAGAGUUUAUUACGAUGAGGCUAUUCAUUCAAUUGAUUGGCAUCAUGAGGGCAAACAAUUCAUGUGCAGCCACUCAGAUGGUAGCUUGACUUUAUGGAACCUGAAAAGCCCAAGUCGACCUUUCCAAACCACAGUUCCACAUGGAAAAAGUCAAAGAGAAGGAAGAAAGUCUGAGUCUUGUAAACCUAUUCUUAAAGUAGAGUACAAAACGUGCAGGAACAGCGAACCAUUUAUAAUAUUCUCUGGCGGGCUGUCAUAUGACAAAGCUUGCAGAAGACCAAGUUUAACUAUCAUGCAUGGAAAAGCAAUUACAGUACUUGAAAUGGAUCAUCCUAUUGUUGAAUUUCUAACUUUAUGUGAAACGCCCUAUCCAAAUGAAUUCCAAGAACCCUAUGCUGUUGCUGUACUUCUAGAGAAAGAUCUCAUCGUAGUUGAUCUGACACAAACCAAUUUUCCAAUCUUUGAAAAUCCAUAUCCAAUGGACAUUCAUGAGUCACCAGUUACGUGCACAGCAUAUUUUGCCGAUUGCCCUCCAGAUUUGAUUCUAGUACUCUAUUCUAUAGGAGUCAAGCACAAAAAACAAGGAUAUAGUAAUAAGGAAUGGCCGGUCAGUGGAGGAGCAUGGAACCUCGGAGCACAAACUUAUCCAGAAAUUAUUAUUACUGGUCAUGCUGAUGGAACAAUAAAAUUUUGGGAUGCUUCAGCAAUGACACUGCAGAUGUUGUACAAGCUAAAAACUUCCAAAGUAUUUGAAAAGCAGAAGGCAGGAGAUGGCAAACAGACGUGUGAAAUUGUAGAGGAAGAUCCCUUCGCUAUUCAGAUGAUUUACUGGUGUCCAGAGAGCAGAAUAUUUUGUGUCUCUGGAGUCUCUGCAUAUGUCAUAAUGUAUAAAUUCAGCAGACACGAAAUUACAGCAGAAAUAGUGUCAUUAGAGGUGCGACUUCAGUGCGAUGUUGAAGACAUUAUUACUCCCGAGCCAGAAACAAGUCCUCCAUUUCCAGAUCUCUCCUCUCAACUUCCUCCUUCAAGGAGUCUUUCUGGAAGCACCAAUACUGUGUCCAGUGAAGGAGUGACGAAGGACAGCAUCCCGUGCCUCAGUGUUAAAACACGGCCAGUGCGAAUGCCACCAGGCUAUCAAGCAGAUCUUGUUAUUCAGUUGGUGUGGGUAGAUGGUGAGCCUCCCCAGCAAAUUACCAGCCUUGCUAUAAGCUCAGCAUAUGGAAUAGUUGCCUUUGGAAACUGCACUGGGUUGGUCGUGGUGGAUUUCAUACAGAAGACAGUACUGUUAAGCAUGGGGACCAUUGACCUUUAUAGAUCAAGUGACCUGUACCAGCGACAGCCCCGGUCUCCUCGAAAAAACAGGCAGUUCAUUGCAGACAACUUUUGCAUGCGUGGGCUGUCUAACUUUUAUCCUGAUUUAACGAAACGGAUCCGUACUUCCUAUCAGAGCUUAACAGAGCUGAAUGAUAGUCCAGUUCCCCUGGAACUUGAGCGCUGCAAGUCUCCCACCUCAGGACUUGCUACCAGAACUCCCGAGGCAGCACCAGGCUUUUAUAGGAAUGAAAUGCCAGCUGUGAAACAGAGGAGUCAAGUACACCACUUGCCAGACCAUGUAAAUGGACACUGCACAAGUCCAACCUCUCAGAGUUGCAGUUCUGGAAAACGCCUUUCCAGUGCUGAUGUUUCAAAAGUAAAUCGCUGGGGUCCUGGAAGACCACCAUUUAGAAAGGCACAGUCAGCCGCUUGCAUGGAGAUUUCUUUACCAGUUACAACGGAAGAAACCCGAGAGAAUUCCUAUAAUCGCUCCAGGAGCUCUAGCAUCUCCAGUAUUGACAAAGAUUCUAAAGAAGCGAUCACAGCUUUAUACUUCAUGGAAUCCUUUGCACGGAAAAAUGACUCUACCAUUUCCCCUUGUUUGUUUGUUGGAACUAGUCUGGGAAUGGUAGUACUCAUCUCCCUAAAUCUACCAUCAUCAGAUGAACAAAGGUUUACAGAGCCAGUGGUGGUAUUGCCAAGUGGUACAUUCCUCUCAUUGAAAGGAGCUGUGCUAACAUUUUCCUGCAUGGACAGAAGUGGCAGUUUAAUGCAGCCUCCAUAUGAAGUAUGGAGGGAUCCAAACAACACAGAUGAAAAUGAAAAAACCUGGAAAAGGAAACUGGUCAUGAACUACUCAUCUUCAUCCCAAGAGAUGGGAGAUCAUCAGUAUACGAUAAUCUGCUCAGAAAAACAAGCCAGAGUCUUCUCACUGCCUUCCCAGACCUGCCUUUAUGUACACAACAUCACAGAGACGUCGUUCAUCUUGCAAGCAGAUGUGGUGGUCAUGUGCAACAGUGCCUGCCUGGCUUGCUUUUGUGCGAAUGGGCAUAUCAUGAUAAUGAGCUUACCUAGUCUUCGCCCAAUGUUGGAUGUUAAUUAUUUGCCACUGACAGACAUGAGAAUAGCACGGACAUUUUGUUUUACUAAUGAAGGACAGGCAUUAUACCUCGUCUCUCCUACUGAAAUUCAACGAUUAACAUAUAGCCAAGAAAUGUGUGAUAAUAUUCAGGACAUGUUAGGCGAUUUGUUUACUCCUAUAGAAACACCAGAAGCCCAAAAUAGAGGCUUUCUCAAGGGACUGUUUGGUGGAAGUGGACAGACAUUUGACAGAGAAGAACUCUUUGGGGAGGCCUCGGCAGGAAAAGCAUCCCGCAGUCUUGCACAACACAUUCCUGGACCAGGAAGUAUAGAAGGGGUGAAAGGCGCUGCUGGCGGGGUGAUGGGAGAGCUGACCCGAGCCCGAAUUGCACUUGAUGAGAGAGGGCAGCGUCUGGGCGAGCUGGAGGAGAAGACCGCGGGCAUGAUGACCAGUGCAGAAGCAUUUUCCAAGCACGCACAUGAGCUGAUGCUGAAAUAUAAGGAUAAGAAGUGGUACCAGUUCUAACCUUCAAAAGAAACUGGGACUGCUUUGAGAAACCAUUAUUCAGGGAAACCAAAUUUAUUCCCAGCAUCACUAUACAACUGCUAGAAACCAGUUUCUUCUACAAAAUGUUCCAUUAUAGUCCAUCUGAAGUUAUCAUAAAGGAGACUUCUCAAAGGCAAAGAUGCUGUGCAACAUCAAGGCUGGAACCCCGGUUAACACCCCAAGACAAUGGCCGCGUUUGUCUUUUCCCCAUGUGGAAUGGAGACCAUCCUCUUGGCAAGGCAUUUGCUAAGAAUUCACGUUUGGAAACUAUGGGGUGUCCUUUUGAUUUGAAAUUUCCUGUACAAACAAAAGCAUUAAUGCACUUAAUGACAAAAUUCUUUGCAUGAUAAAUUAACAUCUUAAGAGGAAAAGAAACAAAAGCAUGUUAUAACAGAAGAAAAGGAUUUAUGGUAAACUACUUUCAUGAAUUGGGCCACACCCAACAAUUUUAAAAUCUGCAUUAGAAGAUAUCAGUGCAUUUUAAGUGUAUUUGCCCUACCCAACUGAAAGGAAUCAAAACAUACCCAGAAUUUCCUUCUCAUCUGAAACUCUCCUUAGUAUACUAGGACAUUCCUGAAUUCUUACAUCAGGAAUCUGAUUACAUUUUCCCUCUCUGUAGUAGUUCACAUCAUUCGCAGCUCUCAUUCAUAAGCAAGGAUUGUCAGGAUAGUGACGUAUCCCCAACACUUUUCUUUCCAUGUCUGCCACCUUCAAGAUGAAUUCCUAGUUUUAGUCAUAAACCGUGCAGGGUUGAGUCCCCUCAAAGCAUUGUUUCAGCCUGGUUUACAUUCUACAGAGGAGGUGGCGAUAAGUUUGCAGAAACUAGACUAUAGGAACAGCGCAGUUAGCUUUGAGAACUGAUUUCACAAAGAGUGGAAUUUCACACACCCCAAUUUUAGUUUCCAAAGCGAUAUAUUUUUAAAGCACCAUUUGUACCCUUAUCUGCCAAUUACACAGUAUAUUACUGUUCAGACCCAAUAGGGUCUACAAUCCCAAGGUGCUUUUGCAGCCUGACAUUCACAGACCAAACUGGUCAUUCUCUUUGAAGUGAUUCAGUAAAACCUCAGCUAAUGUUUUAGGAAAGAGAUUCUGACUCAUCACAUUUCUGAUACACAAGGGCUUUCACUAGAAAACAUUUUAGGGCUCAGCACUUAUUACUGGAAACCCUUAUGAAAUGUAGAGAUGUUUUAGCUAUCUUGCCACAGUUAUUAUUAUGGGUAACACAAAUCCAGAGAUAAUUUAAUGAUAUAAAACCAAUAGCUUUGUCACUAAAUUGACUAAUAUAAGUCAAAGGCAUGUGUCAGUAAAUACCAUAUGCCUUCUAAAAACUCUCAAGAGUUAAGAUCAGCUGGAGCAUGAUAAAAUGACCCAUCAUAACCCAGCAGAGAAGCACUGCAAAGGAAAACAAAGGAAGAUUCCUGCUUGCUCUGUUGAACAUGCUUGGAAGUCGGAGUCACAGGACUCCCCAAACAGGAUGUUCUUCCUGUUUUUAAAAUCUUAAAUUAUGUGGUGCGUUCACUGGGUUUUGAGGUCUAACUGGAGUUACAUUUGUGUUUCAGAUAUUGACACUUCCUUGAAUCCAACUUAGUAGACAAAAUUAUUAUUUUCUUUUUUUUUUUUUUUUAUAUAUUUUUAUAUUUUUUUGAGACAGG